AUGGAGAUCUUCAUUAUCUUCCCUUUAUGGCUUCUUGUUGCAACACUAGUCCUCUCUAUGUCUUGCAUGUUUCUAUUUACUCUUAAAUCAUAUAGGUCGCCCACAUCUGUCUCUAAACUUCCCCCAAACCCUCCAAAACUUCCCAUUAUUGGAAACUUGCACCAACUAAUAGGUUUACCUCGUCAUCAAGCCUUAUGGAAGCUUUCCAAACAAUAUGGCCCCCUUAUGCAAAUACAUAUUGGUUCAAAACCUUUCAUUGUCAUAUCUUCCUCUACCAUGGCCAAACAAGUCUUUAAAAAUCUAGAUCACAUCUUUUGUUCUCGCCCUCCGUCCCAUGCCACCAAACGACUAUCUUACAACUAUCUUGACAUCGCGUUCGCGCCUCAUAAUGAUCACUGGAGGGAGAUGCGCAAGAUUUUGGUGUCUGAGUUCUUGGGCCCCAAAAGAGCUAGCUCAUAUAACAAUGUGUUGGUGACCGAAAUCAAAAGCAUGGUUCAUUCUCUAACGUUACAACCAUCAAAUGUUGCGGUAAACCUAAAUGAGGUGUUUUUAGCAACAGUAAAAGGGUUGGUGUGUAAGCUUGCGUUUGGUAAGAACUAUAGAGAACAACCCCUUAAGGGUCCAUCAUGGGAAGUGAUGCUUGAUGAAACCAUGGAAAUACUGAAUGGAUCACUUGGUGAUUCUUUUCCAUGGUUAGGUCGAUUCAUUGACCAAUUUAGUGGAUGGGAUAGUAAGCUCGCGAAAUGUUUUAGUAAUCUUGAUGCCUACAUUGAGACCAUAGUGGACGAACACCAAAACAAUACCGUUGCCAAAUUAAGUGAUGAUGAUGACUUUGUCCACACUCUAGUCGAGUUACCUACGAUAGAGAAUGCUUCUGGCUAUCGGUUAACUAAAGAAGACAUGAAAGCUCUCAUCAUGGACGUAUUAACAGGAGGGAUUGAUACAACAGUUGUGACGAUGGUUUGGGCAAUGUCCGAGAUCACUAGAAGUCCUAGAGUGAUGCAAAAGUUGCAAAGUGAAAUCAGAAAUUGCACAGGAAAAAUAAAGAAAGAAAACAAACUGGAUACAACCAAAAUGACAUACUUAAAAAUGGUGAUGAAAGAGACACUAAGAUUGCAUCCACCUGCCCCAUUAUUGCUCCCACAUGAAAGUUUAAGCCAUUGCCAAAUUAGUGGUUAUAGUGUCUUUCCUAGGACAACUGUUUUAAUUAACGCGUGGGCGAUCGGGAGAGAUCCAGAAACAUGGGGAGAGAAUGCAGCUGAGUUCUAUCCGGAGAGGUUUGAGAAUCUUGAAGUUGAAUAUGGAGGUGGGAAUUGUGAGAUGGUCCCUUUCGGAGGGGGACGAAGAUCCUGCCCGGCAAUGAACACAGUUCUAACAACUAUGGAGUCCACAAUAGCAAACGUUCUUUACUGGUUUGAUUGGGAAGUUCCUGUUGGAAUGAAGAACGAAGAUUUGAACAUGCAAGAGGAAGGUUCUCUAGUUGCCCGUAAGAAAUUACCCCUUUACCUCAUCCCCAAAAAGUAUAUGUGAGAGGUCUAGACCACUAAUCAUUUCCUUCAAACAAAUUGUUUGAAAUCUUAAAUGAGAAAUAAAUUGUUUAGUUUUUAGAGUGGUACUACUAUCUCAAUAGAACAAUGGAUUGCUUUAACAAGGAUUAUUGUAAAUUCAUACAUAUAUUGCCCCUCUUCAUGCGGACUAGUAUUAAUCGAGAGAAUCAUUCUCAAUUA